AUGGCCACGAGGAACCCUCUGGAGAACCUCCCUGAGGAAACCUCCUGCUCCAUCUGCUUGGGCUUCUUCCAGGAGCCCGUCUCCAUCCACUGCGGGCACAACUUCUGCCGGGGGUGCAUCACCCGCUGCUGGGCCGGGCAGGGGGCUCCUUUCUCCUGCCCCCAGUGCAGGCAGGAGGCUCCUCAGCAGAGCUUCCGUCCCAGCAGGGAACUGGCCAAGCUCUCCCAGCUCACCCAGCAGCACCAGGAAGCUCUGAAGCUCUUCUGCCAGGAGGACCAGGAGCUGCUCUGCCUGGUGUGCCACCUCUCACGGGCUCACCGCUCCCACACCGUGCUCCCCGCCGAGGAGGCCGCCCGGGAGUACAAG